AUGCCCGACAGCAGCACCGAAACAGGCCGAAGCCGCCAGCGUUCAUUCGACGUCAAGACAGGCUUGAAGAAGCGUCACCUGACCAUGCUUUCCAUGGGCGGCGUGCGUCGGCGCCGGUUUCUUCGUCGGGCUGAGCGGAAUCAUCAACCAGGCCGGCCCCGGCGCAGUCAUCACGUGCGCGAUCUGCGGCAUCAUCGUGUUCCUGGUGAUGCGCAUGCUCGGCGAAAUGGCCGUGGCCAAGCCGUGUACGGAUCGUUCACCGAAUACGCGCGCAUGGCGUUGGGCGACUGGGCGGGUUUCACCACUGGCUGGCUCUACUGGUAUUUCUGGGUGAUCGUCGACGUCGGCAUCGAAUCCGUCGUCGGAGCUACCCUGCUCUCCCGGUGGAUCCAUGGUGUCCCGCUCUGGCUCAUGUCAGCGGUACUCCUGUUGGUGAUGACCGGGGUCAAUCUUCUCUCCGUCAGCAACUUCGGCGAGGCCGAGUACUGGUUUGCGGGUAUCAAGGUCGCCGUCAUCAUCGGCUUCAUCGUGCUCGGCAGUCUGUUCGUCUUCGGCAUCUGGCCCGGCAGUGAAGUCGAUUUCAGCAAUCUGACCGGCCACGAGGAUUUCUGCCGAACGGCUUCCACCCCCGUACUGGUGGGCGUUGUCGCCGUGAUCUUCUCCAUGACCGGAGCCGAGCUGGUCACGAUCGCCGCAGCGGAAUCCGCCGAACCCGCCGGAGCGAUCAGGCGGGCCACGAACACGGUCGUCUUCCGCAUUCUCGCCUUCUUCGUUGUCGCCACCUUCCUCCUCGUGACGAUGCUGCCGUGGGAUUCGUUCGUCGUCGGCGAUUCUCCGUUCAUCUCCGCACUCGACCUGCUCGGCAUUCCCGGCGCCGCCGACAUUCUCAAUCUCGUGGUUCUGGUCGCUGUGCUGUCCUGCCUCAACUCCGGCCUGUACACGGCGUCACGGAUGCUCUUCGCACUCUCCGUCUACAACGACGCGCCGGCAUGGAUGACACGGACCAACAGUCGCGGCGUGCCCGUGAAGGGCGUACUCGCCUGCACCGUGGCCGGGUAUUUCUGUAUCGCGGCCGGUUACAUCUGGCCAGACACGAUCUUCCUGUUCCUCGUGAAUUCGUCCGGCGCAAUCUGUUUGUUCGUUUACAUCCUGAUCUGUGUAUCCGAACUACGCCUCCGACGCCGAUGGGAACGCGAAAGUCCCGAGAUUCUGAAAUUCCGUGUCUGGUUGUAUCCCGGCCUACCGAUAGUGGUCACCGGCCUGAUUCUCAGUGAUCCUGGUGGGAAUGGGUCUCAACGAACCGACGCGCGCGGAGUUCGUCCAAAGCCUGGUCGCGCUGGGAGUCAUCCUCGUCGCUUACAGCGUGAGAAGGUCUCGUACGCGAAAAGUCGUGUCGUUGCGACCGCCUCGAACAACGCACACAGCAGUUCGAAGAAGGCU